GCCGGGGCGGAGCCCGAGCCGGAGCUCGCGCCGACGCGAGGGCCAGGCCCGGAAGCUCCCACCCCGGAUUCCCCUCCGUGGUGGCGGCCGAGGAGGAGGAGGAGGAAGAUGAUCUCCAGAUACACCCGGAAGUCGGCGCCGCAGAGCGUGGAGCUGUGAGUGCCUUCCCGCCGGCGCGGCCCGGAGUGGGAGCGGGGCCCGCGGUCCCGGGCGGCGCUGAGAGCGGAGCUGAGAGCGGAGCAUGCGCCCUCGGGGCGGGGAGGAGAGCGGAGCCCGGCCGCGCCUCCUUGCGAGGGGGUCCCAAAGUGUGGCCGUGCACGGGCUUCCAAGGCAGCCCCGGAUGCCCCGAGAAGCCCUCCUUGCUGUGCCCACGCUCGCGGGCCCCUCGGCCGUCUGCGGCCUUGGCAGCGCUGCCUUUGCUUCCAAAAUAGUCUCUCCUGGGCGCUUGAAUGCGGGCCGCUUCGGAGAGGGGCUAUAGAGAUUCCCCUCCUUAGCCAGUAGACCAGAAUUGCAGGCCCAAGAAGCUUUAUUCCUCUUAAGUCUGGGAACUACUGGAAAAUGAACCAAGCAAAGAAGUUACCGUGCUAAUUGUAGAGGGAGGUCAUGUCGCCUGGUGAGGAGAGGGAUUGUCAAAAAUGCUCUUGAUCAUCGUCCCCUUCCAGAGCAGUUGGAUGAAAUUUCCCCUACUAAUGACAGCCAUGAAAAAGACUCAAGUUACCAGAGGAACUUGACCGAAAUGCCACCGAAAAAGUUCAGUUGAUGUUCACAGUCAUUGAUGAGCUUUUAUAUGAACAAAAGUCGAGCAUCCUUACAAAGGGUCUGCAAGAAGAGUGCCAACAGUGGACGUCCACUUUUCCUCACCUCAGGAUUCUGGGAAAGCAGAUAGUCACUCCCUGUGAAGGUUAUGGAUUGUAUCCUAGGUCUCCGUCAGUUGCUUCAGCCUCACAUGAAAUGACAUUGAACCAAGAAACAGAGUCCACUGUGUUUGGUAUAAGAGGUAAGAAGUUACUGUUUUCACUUUCUCAUGUCCAUAAAGAUGCUUCUGUCUCCAAAUCUCCAAGCUUAUGUUCUGUGGAAAGAGAAGAUGAAGAAGAGGGUGUGAUUGUCUCAGAAGGAAUAAUAGAAGAAUAUCUAGCAUUCGACACUACAGACAAGGAAGAUAGGUUACAUGGAAGAAAAUUAGGCCUGUCUUGUGAGAGAAAAAAAUUAGGGUGUCCUCCCAUUGCUCCAUUUCAUUGCAUGAAGGAGGAUGUUCUUGCCUGCGUCUUUGACAACGUGUGGAGCAACAUGCUGGACUGCAUGGAGGAGCUGAUUCGGAGGCACUGGGAGGGCUCAGCUUCAGAUGAUGAGAGCAAUGCUUUGACAACAAGAUCCGAUUCCGAAAGCCCUUGUAUGCCAUGUGAACCUCAGCCAUUGGUGUUACCUCAGGUGCCACAGUCGAAGAUGCUCUCCAUCACGUCACAACCGAUGCGUCUCUGUCAAGCAGCCAGUGGCAGUCACCAGCCAAAUGUGAAUGGUUUGUUGGUUCAUGGGAUGCCCUUACAGCCAAGGAAUCUCUCUCUGAUGGACAAACUCCUAGAUUUAGAUGACAAGCUACUUAUGAGACCUGGAUCCAGUACCAUCCUUUCUAACCGAAACUGGCCAAAUCGCACACUGGAGCUCAGUUCAUCGUCUCUAUCAUAUACAGUACAAUCUGCCAGGAGGCGCAACCCGCCACCACGUACCCUUCAUCCAAUUGGCACAAGCCAUUCACGUUCAGCGACACCAAGACCCAUGGAUGAAAUCAUCAGAGGAACCCGACUCCCAACAGCAGUGCAGUCCUUGUCUUCUCCUUCACCGAUGCCACUGAAUCGAAAUAACCUGCUUCCCCCAAUUGGCACAGCUGAUGUGGAGCACUUGAGCAGUGUGGCCUCACAGCGGCAGACGAAAUCCCACGGUGAUUCUAGCCGAGCUCGCAGCGCAGUGGUGGAUGAGCCUCACCAGCAGCCGCAGGAGAGGCUCCUUUUACUUGACUUUUUCUCCAGACCCAACACCACUCAGUCAUUUUUGCCAGAUACACAGUGUCGACGAUCUUGCACUGUUAUUGAUUAUUCUAAUCAGUCCCGGGCUGGAAGGGGAUCUGCAGGUACAGAUUCCAUUAACCUAGGAGUGACAGGAAUCAGUUUAGGGAUGGCUAGCUCCUCCCACAUGGGUUCUUUUCACCACCAACAUCUGGGUAAUUCUAAGGAGGACAAGGAGAACAGCGAUCAUCCUUCAAUAGGCCUUCAGUUACAUGGACCUGCAAGAUCUCAAAGUCGAGGCGGACCAGUCGCUAGAACCAGACAGGGACCAUAGAGUAAACCAAAAACCAAACCAAACCAAGAGACCUGUUGUCAGGUGGUUGUGAAUUCAUCUGAAGAUUUUGUGAAUCAGUAUUCCAUCAGCUCAGUGAUGCAGAACUUGUUUACAAGAAAAACUUGAAAUCAUCUUUAUGAGGAGUUAUUUUUGUAUAACUUACUAGGAGAAAAACUGCACCGUAUCUGCCAAAGAUCGUGUGAACCGCUUAUCUUCCUUCAGAGUAUGUUAAGCUAUUCUGCUGGACCAAAGACUCUUACGUAAGAUAUGCACCCCUCCUCCCCCAAAUCAUUGCUUGUGUUGUCUGUCAAGCAGGAUUAUCAGUACUACAGGAUUCAAGAGGUAACUGCAGGUGCUUGAAAAGCAGCAGUUAUUUACUGCUAUAGCAUUAAGCAGUUAUAUUCCCCAGAACUCUUCUGCUUGUAUUUAAACUCCUGAAAAUAAUUUGAUUUAUUUCAAGUGAAAUCAUUAUAGAAGCAGUGUUAUUAGAAGGCUGAACUGCCAUUCAAAUGAAAAUCCUUCCUAGAGUACGCUCCAAAGUUAGCCAGACUGAUCCCCAGGGAACUUGGCCACAGAUGUUUAUUGGGGAUAAAACUGACAGUAAAUCAAGACCAACUGGAAAACAUGAUGCAUCAGUAGAAGGAAAUAUGACUUAACCUGUAUUGGAAUAUACCAGUUUGCCAGAUCUUAUCUUUUUAAAGUGAUAUUGAUCAAGUUCUAUUUCAGGUGAAGUUGCAGAAACAUUGGUAUUUGCUAUAUUCUUACUAAUUCUGCUUCAUUGGUCAGAUUUCCCUAAUACUCAUUCUCCCAUUUUGCCAAAUUUUCUCCAGCAAUACUAAGAGGGAAACAAAUUCAUUUCAUUUUUUGGAACUUUCCUAUAUGGCUCCACCAACUGUCGGGGAUUUUCAGAAGUUAAGUCUCAAAACAGAUUGCUGUGGUGACAGUGGAGUAGCCAACAACAAUGGUACAAAUGUAGCUUAUCUCCAAGAACUGUUUAGUUUACAUAAUACUUAAUUUUAUUUGUAAUUAAAUCUGAUCAUAUAAUUAGUUUUAAGUCUUAUUGUUUACAUCAUCUCCUGAGGAAAAAGAAUUCUUGAAAUUAUAAAGUAAGGUUACUUUACUAUCAUUUGAUUGGUAACAAAAUGGCCAAUGUUACUGCCCAGUCAAGUAUGAGAAGGGAGAAUCCAAACUGCAUGAAAUUAUAUUUUUUUAAUUGAGUGCAAUUAAAAAAAUCUAUUUUGUAACUGA